AUCUUUCUUUACUUUCUUCUCCUUUUCAUCCUGUUUUUCCUCUCUUUCCUUCUUCGACCUUUCUUCCUGUCAUCUUUCUGUGUCCCUAUAAUACCACUCAUUAUUCCCUAUAAUAUCCUUCGUAUCAUCUUCUCCAAUAAUUUCACCUUUUUCUUCUUUUCCUCAUCACCAGAUCCCACCAUAAAAGCUUUCGAUUUCUUCUAAAACUGGUUGUGGAAUCCGUGACAUUUUCUUUUGUUUCUGAUGCAAAAUUUCUAUCUUUUUUUCUUUUGCAUUUCGAGAUAUUUGAUUAGAUAAUACCUUUUUGGAUUGGGGUUUCUCCGUUUGAUCUCUGUAAAUGUUGUAUGGUGCUCCGGGAAUUAGGGUUCCGAUCGGCGGCUGGUAAGUGGAGAUAUUAGGGUUUCUUCUUUUCUCCGGUGGAUGUAUAUUGUUGGUGGUCGGUGCUUAGAUCAGGGUUUGCUUGAUCGAGGAAGAGGUUUUAGGGUUAUGUUUCGUUGGUGGAUGAAGGUUUUUGAUAUAAGGAGGGUUGAUUGAUUGAUUGAUUGAUUGAAUAAAUUGUUGUUUUAGGGGAUUCUGUUGCCAUCAAUUUGUUGGAUAUUAGUGGUUACGAAGGCAUUUUGCGGUGGAUCAUUGACUAAAAGAAGGCAUUUUUUUCCUAUCAUUUCUCCCAUUUUUCUCUUCUUUUCUUCCGAUUCACGGCGUGCUGGAACUGAUGAACCUGGGUGUUUCUACUGGGAUCUGAGGAUUCGGUGGUUUUGGUGAAGGUGGAGGCUAAGCUAAGUUGCUUUCAUCCUUAAGUGAUUUGGAGUAAGGUAUAUAUAACUGUAUUUUAUCAUGGAUCAUGUCAUUGGUGGGAAGUUUAAACUUGGGAGGAAGAUUGGGAGUGGAUCCUUUGGUGAGCUUUACCUAGGCGUUAACAUACAAAGUGGAGAGGAAGUGGCAAUCAAAUUGGAGCCUGUGAAGACCAAACACCCCCAGCUUCACUAUGAAUCCAAAUUGUAUAUGCUUCUUCAAGGGGGAACGGGGAUUCCCCACCUGAAAUGGUUUGGAGUCGAGGGUGAGUACAAUGUCAUGGUUAUUGACCUUCUUGGGCCAAGCCUAGAAGACUUGUUCAAUUAUUGUAAUCGGAAGUUCACAUUGAAAACAGUGCUGAUGCUUGCUGAUCAGUUAAUUAACAGAGUUGAAUAUAUGCAAUCGAGGGGUUUCCUUCACAGGGAUAUAAAGCCUGACAAUUUUUUGAUGGGUUUAGGGCGGAGAGCAAAUCAGGUAUAUAUUAUUGAUUACGGCCUUGCCAAAAAGUAUAGGGAUCUUCAAACUCACAAACACAUACCAUACAGGGAAAACAAGAAUCUCACUGGAACGGCACGCUAUGCAAGUAUUAACACUCAUCUUGGAGUUGAACAAAGCAGGAGAGAUGAUCUGGAGUCCCUUGGUUACGUGCUUAUGUAUUUCCUAAGGGGAAGCCUUCCCUGGCAGGGGUUGAAAGCUGGGACUAAAAAGCAGAAGUACGAUAAGAUUAGUGAAAAAAAGAUGCUAACCCCUAUGGAGGUGCUCUGUAAGUCAUAUCCUUCAGAGUUUAUAUCAUACUUCCACUAUUGCCGGUCCCUGCGGUUUGAUGACAAACCAGAUUAUUCAUAUCUGAAGAGACUUUUCCGUGACCUAUUCAUUCGAGAAGGUUAUCAGUUUGACUAUGUGUUUGACUGGACCAUAUUGAAGUAUCCUCAGAUUGGUGCCAAUCCUAGAUUACGCCAGCCCAGUGGGAAAACAGGCCCAAGUGCUGGACCAUCCGCAGAAAGACCGGAGAGAACUUCAGUUGGACAGGAGAUUCGAGAUAGAUUCUCAGGCGCAGUUGAAGCAUUUGCCAGAAGAAACGGUUCAGGUCCAGGUCUACAUGGUGAUCACUCCAAGCACAAGAAUUCUGAGGAUGUACCAUCCUCCAAGGAUGUUGUAAGAAGUCUCCGCCAAGAACUCAUCGUUUAUCAAUGUCAACCUGAUUCUGAAAGAGGACGCACUUCUUCCUCUCGGAAUGGCAGCUCAUCGAAGAGAGCUGUUAUCUCAAGCAGCCGACCGAGCUCCUCUGGUGAGCCCAGUGAGAGUCGAUCAGGUCGGAUGGUCUCAAGCAGUGGCCGCAUGUCCACAACCCAAAGGAUCCAACCUGGAUUCGAUUCCAAGUCAUCAUCCCUUGCACGUGCUGCUGCCGCAAGAGGUGCUCGUAAUGACACUUUGCGGAGCUUCGAGCUCCUCUCAUUGGGGACAGAGAAGAGGAAGUAAAGGAGAUCCACAUGGUAAGAAGAGAUAACUUACUGAUCAAGGGGAAACCCCCUUGCUGUUUCUCUGAGUUCUGAGCAUUUAUCGUCUUUCCUUUGUAUAUGCAAAUAUGAGUUGGGGUUUCUUCACAGCUGAAGCUCGAUGGGCUCCUCUUUUGAAAACAUUUUCAGUUACCUUUAGUCAGAGAGGCUCACGCCAUUAUAUUGUUGUAGACUCAUCCAAGAAAGGGAAAAUUCUCAAAAUUCUCACCCUAGGGAAUUUUCAUUGUAUCUGAAACUUGGGUAGUUGUAAUAACCACAGGUGCCAUUCAUGUUUAGGUACCUUGAACAAUCCACCAAUAUUUUUUUCUGGGUUUAUUCAUGUUUGAUCAUAUCCUGACAGCUGCACACAGAUUUGUGAUUAUAAGGAUGGUUUUCGAUGUGUGGUGCGAUCACUUGAUCUGUUAAUGUAAUCAAAGUACUUUGUAAAGUAUUCAAUUUAUCUGUUACUUGAUUAAUGAAAAUGUAGUCGCCAUGUAA